AAUCAGUUUUGUUUCUUCUUCCAGCCUCUCCCUUGUCUAUUUUGCUCUCUCUCCCCUACACCAUUACUAUUUCGAUCUGAUUCUUAAGUGUUAGGCCGAAGGUUGCAAAUUGAGACCCCAACCAUUCAAUGGUGCAGUGAUGUAAAUUUGUAUUAAGUCGAUAAAAUUGAAGGCAUAUAUAGGUAUAGUGUAAAUAAAGCUUAAAUAAAUUAUAUAAAAGUGGAUCGAAGGCAUGGAAAGAGGCCACUUCCAUCGGAAACACCGGAGCAGAAAGAGAAAGAACAAGUAGAUGCAGCUUCUUGGUCUGAAACAGAUAUGUCUGCCAUGUUUUCAGCUCUCUCCCGAGGCAUCGAUAGUAAUUCUACUAUGGUGCAAUCAGCAGCUCCACUUCCCAUAGAGCAACACCAGCUUCACCACUCUCGUCCAGCUCAAGAUCAAGAUAAUACAAGGAGGAGGCACUACAGAGGGGUAAGACAAAGGCCAUGGGGGAAAUGGGCGGCUGAAAUACGUGAUCCGAAGAAGGCAGCUCGAGUGUGGCUUGGCACUUUUGACACUGCUGAGGAUGCAGCUCUUGCAUAUGACAAAGCAGCUCUCAAGUUCAAAGGCACAAAGGCUAAGCUUAAUUUUCCUGAACGAGUUCAACCAAAUCCUGACUUUAGCUACUUCAUGGCCGCUUCUGGUGAUUCAAGUAACACUGCUGUUUCUUCUAGAGGACAGCAUCAGACUCCGGUGCCUCCUCCGGCUUCUUAUAAUAAUCUUCCUUCUGCUGCUGCUCCAGCACCAUCAUUUCCUCAAGAAACUUACCCAGAUUUGCUGCAAUAUGCGCAAAUUCUUUCCAGUAACGAUGCGAAUUUCCCAUAUUACACUUCCAAUCUCCUUAACCAGCACCCCUAUUCUCCUCAUUAUUCAUCCAAUCUACCAUCUUCAACUUUUUCAUCGCAUCAUCAACAACAGCAGCAGCAGCAUCAAGAUCAGGGUCAGCAUCAACACGAUCCGAUGGGAUACUCGCCAUGGUUCGAUAGCUCCUAUAGUUCUGAUAAUAAAGAACAUGGGAAGGACCCUAGUAACCCUAGCGAGUAGCUGUAUGUUUUCUCUCCUUAUUAGUAUAAAUAUUAUCAUUUAUUUAUUGCAGUGCUAUAAGAUGAUCGAUCUAUGGAAAGAGCUUCUAAUAUUUUUGUAUUAGAACUGAAGAUCUUCUGCAUUGUAUUUUAUGGAUGCAUGGGAUGAUGAUAAUAUAAGUCACAUUCCAACGAUCUCCUUUCUGCUAAUUUUAAUGAGGAUUGUAAGAGCAGGUCCGGACUGCAAGACAAAAUUGAAUUUGGCUCGCAGCAGCAUUUUUAUUUGUUAAAUAAGGCCAAAUCCAUCCUUAGGCCCCCGUAAUAUCAAACUUUUUGUUA